ACUAGCGCGGGCGGCAGACAAAAACCGAAGCGAAAACGAGCGCCACGCGCCUCCCCCCUCCUCCUCCCUACCGACGUCGUCGCCGACGUGCCCCUCAAGAGACCGACCCCGACUCCCCCCCGAGCACCGCUCCCCCUUCGUCUCCGCCCCCGGCCUCAACCUAUAUAUUCAUCCCCGCCGCCUCCACCGCACCCACUUGGUCUCGAUCGCCAGAGCUCGGUAACAUCUACUUCUACAUCUGCGGGGCCGGAGCGUGGGGGACGUGAGAGAUCCCCGCUCGGGAGGGGGUGUGAUGGACUCGCCGGUGAUCCUGCGGCCCCUUGUUGUUGGGGGACAUGGAGGCGGCGGCGACGGUGUCCCGUCGCCGCUCCUGCGCGGGUGGCUGGAGUUCCGGCGGAGCGGCGCGCCGGCGAGGUUCCUCUGCUUCGAGGGCGGCGCGUGGACGGACGUCGCGGGCGAGGCGGCCGCGCAGCUGCGGGGGGCGUUCCUGGAGGGGAGGACCGUGUCCGAGGCCGCCUGCUCCGGGAGGGUGUUCCUGUUCGACUUUCUGCGGAUGGUGCGGGUCGACGCGGCCACCGCCGAGGAGGCCCCGCUGGGGUGGAUCGACGAGCGCGGCGCGUGCUUCUUCCCUGCCCCCGAGGGUGGGAGGAAGAGGAAGAGGGACGAGGCGGGGUCGGAGGUGAAGGCGGAGCAGCGACGGGUGGAGGACGGGGACGAGGCGUCGUCCGGCGUGGAGGAGCGGUCCGGCGAGAGCCCCGAGGCAGCUGAGUCCGGCAGGAAGAAGGCGCGCGGGGCGUGGGGGAAGGCGGUGAGGCUGGACGAGACGGAGAGGUUCUACAAGGUGGUGGAGAAGCUCUUCCUCAGUCGGAUGGCUUCCUUCGAGGCGGCCCGCGGCGUGGCGAUCACAGCGGUGCACAAGGUCGCGCUGGGCCCCCGGGCAAGAGCUUUCAAUCUUCAGGGACAGCUUCUUGCCGCUGCUCGCGGUUCAGGUGGCAGCAAUGCGAAGUUCGCGUGGUACGGCGCGCCGGCAGAGGAUGUGACCGCCGCGGUGGAACACGGCUUCGGCAGGACGAACGGGUGGUUGCUCGGAGGGCGUGCUCAUGGAGAUGGCAUCCACCUUUCGCCGCCACAGCACCCUUACGCUAGUGCGAUGCUGACCAAGCCAGACGAGGACGGCGAGGCACAUAUCGUGCUGUGCCGUGUCCUGAUGGGCCGUCCGGAGGCCGUCCCUGCCGGUUCUUCCCAGUUCCACCCCAGCAGCGAUUACUACGACAGUGCCGUCGACAACAUGGAAAACCCAAAGUGGUAUAUUGUAUGGAGCGCAGACAUGAACACUAGGAUCCUACCAGAGUACGUGGUCAGCUUCAAGUACCCCAGUCUGCCUCAGAUGGAAGGAUCAUUGGGUUCGGCAUCAAAGUUGAAGAAGCCUUCAUCGCCAGCAGUUACUCGUGACAUGUUCCCUAUGCUUUUGACGGAGAUCCAGCGGUUCGUACCAUCCCCAAAGUGGCAGAAUUUGCAGAGGACUUACAACUGCUUCAAGAAAGGACAGAUGAAGAAGGAUCAGUUCAUCCGGUUCUUGCGCUCCACCAUCGGCGACAAGGUGUUGACCACUGUGGCCAAGAAACUCCGAGGGUACUAGUGCAAGGUACUGCAAAGUUUGUCUCCCACCCUGGCUGAUCCGACUAACCCCAUAGGAUCGAAUCGUGUGUGUCUUGUACCAAUCCCGAGAGAAUGUUGCUUUAGUUUUGCCGGUACUCAAAUGUCUGUUAUGAACAUAGAUGGGUUUCCGUGAUCUUCCAUUAACCAAAUAGAAAGGUUAGAUGCAAAUCAUGCAAAUGUGCAAAUCUUGAGUUCGGUCAUACUUUUACCUAUUGUCAUAAACUUGUACGACUUAUUUCUCAAUAUAAGGGCGCAUUCGUAGAUUCUCGU